ACUUCCGCCGCGGUCCCGCCCCCAGCAUGUCGUAACCCCGGGCAACGGCCCGGUAGGCAGCGACCUGAGUCGCCCUUGCCAGCAGGCCAGGACUAGCUGUCGCGCGGCCUUCCAUCCGCUCGGCCCCACAGCAAGAAGAUGUUAAAAACUUUAAGCAGCCAUCACAGUAAUGGAUCUCUGUCAAAAAAAUGAGACUGACUUAGAAAAUGGUGAAAAUAAUGAAAUUCAAUGCAAAGAAGAAACAAAACCAACCUAUACUUGUCCAGAUGGAAGAAGUGAAAAGAAUCAUGUUUAUUGUCUUCUCGAUAUCAGUGACGUUACACUGGAAGAAGAUGAAAAAGCCAAAGAGUUUAUUAUUGGAACAGGAUGGGAAGAGGCAGUCCAAGGGUGGGGAAGGACUUCUCCAGCUGCCUGCAUCUGGCCGAGGAAGAUACCAAAACAGGCGAGGGUAGGGGAAGGUGCCUGCAGCGACUGCUUGGUGUGUGUUAACCUCUCCCACUGGAGCCUCGAGACGAAGCCUCCUACUGAGGGGGGCCCAGAGAAGGAUCAGAGCAGCCCCUCCCAGACUCAGGCAACCCCCCAGGGCCCCAACACUGCUUCCAGGGCGAUUGGCAACGUCUGCUUUCCCACCUACUUUGGAGCAGAGAAAAAAAGUCUGCAAAUCAAGGAGUUUAUUUGGUGCAACGAAGACCGGGCCAUCCCCAACACUAAUAGGGGCAAGGCCCUUGGGAACCCCAGUGGAGGGGCCCACAGAGGGCUGUCCAUCCCAGGCCCCCUGACUUCCAGGGCUCUCCUAGUUCUGCCUCCCCUGAAGGCUUCACUUUCAAAUGCCUUGGAUGUUCUGGGUAAGAAGAGUAAGAACUCUUUCUUGCAGUCAGAAGAGAAGGUGCUGAGUGUGGAAAAGGAUGGCUGUGUGGCUUGUGCAUAUGACUUGAAAACAGCAGAUGGGAAAGGUGAAAAGAGACCCAGUGAGCUGGCCAAACACCCUGUGGUCAACGACACGCCAUCUUCCCCUUCCCCAGCGGCCCGGACAUCCCUGCUGGCCGAUCCGGAGCAGUGCUGCCUGCAAUGGUCCCUCCUGUCUGAGAAAAACCUGGCGUGCCCUCCAGACCCCAGCAACAUUCGCUACCUUGCUGCCUUGCCGCUUCUGCAGAAACGGGGAGUGCAAAACUACAAAUCCAAAUUAAAAGUCAAGGAGCCAAGAUCUCCUGUGAUCACUCAAAAGCACGUUCUCCCAAAGGCCAAGCAGGAAAACAGGCCCCAAAUGCUGGAAACCAAAGUUUUCCCAAGACCUCUCUUGCCGUCUCUCACACACAGUAAAAAGAAGAUAAAGUAGGAGAGGGAUCAGUUUCACAUUCAGUCCUAAGCAGCAACAUGGUUGAGAUGUAAUCAUAAAAGCAAAUAUUUCACCCAGGACAUGGAAAAGCGGUGGAUCACCAGAAUGCAGAGAGUCAAACGCUGCAAGCAGAAGCAGUAAGAAGACGCCAAGUUUGGAGCAAGGUCUUAUUUACACCUGCCAUGGUCAUCAGCUUGCUCUUUUAGGUCUCCCCAACCCAACCCCCAAAAAGGGGUUAUAUGCAGAGGUAAUAUAAUAUAUGUACUUUUGAAAAUAACAAAGUCACCGUGGAGAUAAUUUCAAACAAUUUAUUUUCAUUUUCAGAUAUAUUGGACUAUUUCACUGAUGUUAAAAAGAGUAUGACUUGUUUAAAUUUUUUGUUGUUUCUUAUUUGCAGCCUAAUGUUCUGUGAUAGUAACUUGCUUCCAAGUAAAGUACGAAAAGUUAGUGGAGUGGCCAUGGCUGUGGUGUCUCAUAGGUGAAACUAGACUAUUUUGGAAUGCGUGGAGUUAGAACAAAGUUUUUAUUUUCUUAUUAAUUAGUAAAGCAAUAAAUAAAAUUGUCUUACUAAUA